ACACCCCCUUAGCAUUUGCCAAAGCAGGUUUGAAGGCGUGCGCUCCGAAAGGUGAAGCGCGGUAGAAACGUUCAACACCACGAGCCACCAGCCCACCACCACCACGGCAGAAAGAAGCGGGGGAGGGAAUUACGUCCCGUUCACUUCACUCCCUCCAUCCGAUCCCGAUCGCCGCCUUCCUCCUCCUCCUCCUGCCGCGACCCGCCACCUAACCAACGAAGCCGCCUCCCUCCAAGCCAAGCUCCCGCAUACAGCUCCAAAACCGAACCUGCACCCAGCCCAACGCAACGCGACACCGCCGACAGCGAUGGAAGUGAAGGCGCACACGGCACGGGUCCUGGUGGCCCGGCUGCGCGGCGCCACCGCCGCGCGCGACGGGGCCGCGGCGGCGGCGGUGUCCGAGAUCCGCCUCGCCACCAAGACGGACCCGGAGAUCCGGGCGCCGCUGGCGGACGCGGGCGCGCUGCCCCUCCUGGCCGCGCAGCUCCAGCGCGCGUCCCCCGCGGCCGUGGACGCGGCGGCCGCGCUCCUCAACAUCUCCAUCUCGGCGCGGGACCAGGUGGCGUCGGCCCCGGGCGUGCUGGACGCGCUGACGGCCGCGCUGCGCUCGGGCGACGCCGCGCACCACGCGGCGGCCGUGGUCCACAGCCUCCUCUGCGGCGGGGAGCCGCACCGCGCGGCGGUGUGCGAGCGGCGCCCGCUCCUGGCCGCGCUGGUGGCGCUCCUCCGCGCGCCGCCGCACAGGCCGGGCGCCACGCGCGCCACCAAGGACGCCCUCAGGGCGCUGUUCGGCGCCGCGCUCUACCCGCCCGCCCGCGCCGCGCUCGUCUCGCUCGGCGCCGUGCAGGCGCUCUUCGCGCUCGUGCUCACGGACGCGCGCGACGGCGUCGUGGAGGACGCCACCGCCGUGGUCGCGCAGGUGGCCGGGUGCGCCGAGAGCCUCGAGGCCUUCCGCUGGGUCUCCGGGGUGCGCAUCCUCCUCGACCUCGUCGAGUCGGGGGGCGCCGCCACGCCCAGGGCGCGGGAGAACGCCGCUGCCGCGCUGCUCAACCUCGUCGUGGCCGGCGGGGAGGCCGCCGCGGCAGAUGUGGUCGCAGUCGGCGGCGCCGAGGAGACCGUGCGGGAGCUCGCCGAGGACAGCGCCGCCAGCCCCCGGGGGAAGGCCAAGGCGGAGGCGCUGCUGCGCGCGCUCGAGGACGCCGCCGUCAGGAGGCGCGAGCACCGCCUAGCUGAUUUCCUCGACGGGCUCGUGCAGUCCGAUCCUUACAUCUCGUCGCCGGCGUCGGCGUCCACGCACGGCUAGUCAAAGGCUGAUGAUUCUGGUUUGAGUUUGGUUUGACGACCGACAACUUCCUCUUCUUUCUUCCUUCUUCUUCCUUGUAUAUAAAAAACAACAUCUUUUAUGUAGUGUAGCUUGGCUAAAAAAUACUAAUCGCAUUUGUUGAUUGAUGCAAAUUCUUCCUGUGCUGCGUGUCGUCAACUUUGUGUAAAAUUCGCCCAAACUCUGGCUACAUUCAGGACUUCGGAUGAGACCAACCGAUCGAUAAAAUUCUGCAUCA